AAAAACCAUUACCUAUUUUCAAAAAAAAAAGUCAGGUCCAAAAACAGAGUAUACACACUUCUUUGGGUAGGAAAUACAAGCCUGUCACCAAGCACACCUUUCAAAAGCAUUUUCUCUCUCCAUCCUACUUUCUCUUCUUGGUUUAUUUCAAGGACUAGCCCAGUAGGUUAGUGAUCCAAGCGAAAAUGCUGGAUGCAGAGGAAUAUUCUCAGGUCUUUGCAGAGUCUUUUAGCAGCAUAAAUGAAAUCACGACAACAAAGACGAAGAAGAAUAAGAACAAGAGGAGGUUCAGCGAUGAACAAAUCAGAUCACUGGAAUUGAUGUUUGAAAAUGAAUCCAGGCUUGAGCCUCCGAAGAAGUUGCAGCUGGCCAAAGAGUUGGGAUUGCAGCCAAGGCAGGUUGCAAUAUGGUUCCAGAAUAAGAGAGCUAGAUGGAAGUCAAAGCAGCUCGAACGAGAUUACAGCAUACUACAAGCCAAUUACAACAGCCUAACAUCACAGUUUGAAAUUCUAAAGAAAGAAAAGCAGGCUUUACUGAUUCAGAUGCAGAAGAUGAAAGAUAUGCUGCAGAGACCAAAAGAAGAAAGCCAGCAUUCUGGAGAAUGUGUGGCCAUCAACAGCAUCGACAAUGAAUCAGAGAAUGGAGAAACUGCUAAGUGUGAAUCUAAUGUGCAGCCUAGCAUAUCAAUGGAAAGAUCAGAAGAUGUAUUAGGAGUACUGUCAGAUGAUGAUAGUGCCAUGAAGGGCAACUAUUUUGGACUGGAGGGCGAGCCCAUUCUAAUAAACACGAUAGAACCUGCUGAUGGUGGUUUGACAUCUACAGAGGAUUGGGGCAAUUUUGAGACUGAUAAUCUCUUCCAGCAGUCAUGCAGUAGCUACCUGUGGUGGGAUUUCUGGUGUUGAACAUAAUGAGGACAGAGAAGCAUGAAGGACAUUAUGGAGUGUAGAGACACGAACGUUUCAGUUUUUAAUGAACUUAGAAAAUGUAGAUUAAUGUAAUAGUAGUCACUGCUGGCUUCGGCCAGCAACUACCAUGGAGUUCAGGCAGGUGGAAAGCCCCAAGUUCCUUUGUUUAUAAUGGUGGACGUGAAAAGGGAUAAGUGGAUGUUUUGUUUCUAUGUGAGAGGUUGGAGAGAGUUAGAUUGAAUAAGUAUCCAGCACUGAUGCAGGUUCUCAUUUGAUUAGAAUCUUAAAGGAGUUGGAAACAUGUUCAAAUGCAACUAAUCCUGAUUAAUUGUCUA